UGUGUAGCCCAUUCCUACAGACCCCAACACGCCAGAACAUUAAACCAAAGGCCACUCUAAUAAGGAAUAAGAACACAGCAAACAGACAAUCAGCCCCUGAACAAAGGAUCCGCAAGGGCGAGGGCUACUCGCUCUCCCAUGUGGCUGAAAUCAAUCCUGUUGAAAGACCAUGUGCUUCGAUGCCCCUCUCUGUGAAAGCUGCUACGCCUAACGUUCGCCAACGUAAGCCUAAGAAGCAAUUUAUUGAGCCUGUGAAGCCAUACACGACCGGUCUCCCGCCCAAAAGUAGCACCCCUUCCUUUGUUCCGGUCUCGUCUUACCCGGCCACUGUAUCUUAUGAUAGUAACACAGCAGCUGAGCAACUAAAGGCGACGGAAGACUUAGUUACAUUGUAUUUGACGCCUGAGGACGAUUUCACACAGUCACCCCCGUGGAGCAGAUACGUAUGUCCACACAAGCCUAAGAAGAGAUCUAGGAAGAGAUCUAUUGAUCCUGUGAAGCCAUACACGGUCUGUUUCCCGCCCAAAAGAAGAAGCCAUUCCUUUGUUCCAGACACGCCUUACCCAGACACUGUAUCGGGUGUUCCUAACACCACUGCAGAGCAGCUAACGGCAAGCAAAGACUUGGAGUCCUUGCAUCGGUCGUCGUCUAGUACACCAACGCCCUACCAGCCACCAAGUGUCACCAUUGAGAGGGAACAAAAGACAUCUGAUGAGACAAUCCAUGCCAUAGAAGUAGGCGAAGUAUCCGAAGACACCGGACUAACAGCGACAGCCCCUACAUCACGCCAAACAAAUCGUGAAGCUACAGGCGAAGGGUCUGAAGACACAGAGCUAACAGCACCCGUCCCUACAUCACGUCAGACAAAUCGGGGAGCUACGGGAGAAGAGUCUGAAGACACUGGACUAACAGCAACACAGCUUACACCCCACCAACCGUGUCAGGCUGCUUUGCAGGAGGCCCCUGAAUAUAAUGUAGGUGAAUACCUCUUUAACUGUAUCUAUAGCACCGAGGAAGGCACCGAUUAUGUCAGCUGUAUACCACACACCUCUGUUAUAACUGUGGCAGAUAAAAAGUGUAACAGCGCUAAUACCGCCAUAACCACUCCUGUAAAUGUAUUAGAGGUUAACGUUCCAUUCCUUGAUAAGCAAGCAGUACCUAAUUAUAUUACUAACAAUCGGUUUGAACAAGGUGGGGCACUAGGAGGUCCUGAGCAGUUAACAUUACUUCAGAGUGCAGAGUUUUUUGAGUAUUGCGUUAACACAUCCCUCAACAACCUGCAGUCGCUGACCCUUAUAAACAAAUACAAUCAGAAUUAG